AUGGCGGCAGUUUCGUCGUCUCCCGUUGUUCAAUCAAUUGAUCAAAAGUCCAUCCAUCAGAUAUGCUCCGGACAGGUUGUGUUAAGCAUUGCAACUGCUAUGAAAGAACUUGUUGAAAACAGCUUGGAUGCUGGAGCUACAAACAUCGAGAUCAAGCUAAAAAACCACGGCGCGGACUUCUUGGAAGUCAACGACAAUGGUUUUGGCGUCGAACCGCAUAAUUUCGAAGCUUUGACUUUGAAGCAUCACACAUCGAAACUCAGGGAUUUCUCAGAUCUAACAAGUGUGGAAACGUUUGGUUUUAGGGGAGAGGCUUUGAGCUCUUUGUGCGCCCUGAGGUAAUUAAUUUGAUAUUUAACCCACCACAUCCCCCUCCCCUAUAUGGAUGACAACCUCUCCCCUGGGUACAGGGUUGGGGGAAAGAAGAAAAGGAGAGCAUGCCCACCCUUGUACCCCUGGGAGAGCUUUCUUGGAAUAUUUCUGAGGGGUAUGGGGGGAAAGGCCCUGUUUCUGAGGGAAGGAAGAAAAAACUGGCUAUUUCUGAGGGGUUAACUUUGUCAGUACUUUCAAUCUUUAAGCUGUAAAAGUCAACGUACUUCAUCCAUGUGAAGGUGGGAUGGCUAUAAGUAAAUGGAAUGGUAGUAAAACAACCUUGUCCCCAGGGCUCUUUUCCCUGGCUUUGGAGGUGGGGCAAAGCCAUGGAAAAGCACCCUGGGAAUGAGGUUGUAAUAAAGUUAAUUAAGGCUGUUUUGUCAUAUAGUAUUUCCUCAAAUAAGAGCCCACACUUUAAUAAAUGCACUCCCCCUAGUAAGCAUCCACCCGCUAGGCCCCCUCUAGCAGCUCACCCCUUCGGCACUUACGUGAUUCCUCAAAUAUUAAAAAUAUCCUGAUUUUACCUGCUCAAAAGGUUGGUCAGUCUGUGAAGUAUCAAAAAUAUGUCCCAGCAUCUGUUCCGAAUGGCACCAAGCAAUAUGUCAGAGGGUGGAGUCCCAAGAGAAACUAUCGCUGUUAAUCACUGACACUAAACAUGUUUACAUGUAGGGAAUGCCAUGCAAAAAAUAGGGCUGCUUUGGUGCUAGGGGGAUAUUCUGACAGUGAUUUUUAAUGGUGUUUGUACGAAGCCUGCUGUAGCCUGAAUAAAAAAUUAUCGAAUUGGAAACUUAGUUUAAGUUGUAAUAAAAGAACUUUAUUUGCUAUAAUAAGCUUUUCGUCUUUGUUCCGUGCGUCUUGGGUUGACUGCGAGCAAGAGAAUUUCCUUUAGUACUCAAUGUUUAAAGCUCCUUAAAGGGCCAUUCAACAAAAUGAAUGCAUCACAGGUUUGAACAUAUUCAUCCAAUGAUAAACCUUUUUUAUAACCAAUAUCUUGCGAGAAAUUACCCAAAUAAAGACACCAGACAAUGGUUUAUUCCCUUCUUUGAGUGAUUUUGUCUUUAAAAUACCUAGUUCUAAAUGUCACGAUGACUGUUUUCCAUCUUUCUUAAUUGGUCGUACCACAAGGGAAAUUUGAUUCAACCAAUCAGAAGGACUGCUUAGAUCAGGGUAGUGAUGAGUCAUCAGUGCGCUUGUUUCUCAGACAUCAUUUUGCAGGGAAACCAGUGGUGGGGUCGCAAAAUCAGUGUUGGUGGUUUUCUCAGGCUAAUAAAUUGAUGUUUUGUUCUUUGUUUCAACAGUAAGCUCUCUAUAGUAACGCACCAUUCUUCCCAAGCUGCAGCAACAAAACUAGAAUAUGAUCACAAUGGCAAGUUGCUUUCAAAGCAACCUUGCGCCAGGGAUCUUGGCACAACAGUCUCCCUACAAAACUUGUUUUCUACCUUGCCAGUGCGGCACAGAGAGUUUCUUCGUAAUAUAAAAAGAGAGUUCACAAAAUUGGUGCAUGUUCUGCAAGGAUAUUGUCUGAUAAGUACAGGAGUUCGAAUAACUUGCAGUAACCAAGCAGAAAAAGGAAAGAAAACAAUGAUUGUGAGUACAAAUGGUAGUGAGCAAGUUAAAGAUAACAUCACUUGUGUGUUUGGGCCCAAACAGGUUUGUAAGAUUUGUACUUGUUUUGAUAAUCUAUGGGUGAAAUUUUAUAAUUGAAAUGUGGCUACCAUUUUUCCAACACUGCCAGUUUAGUACAAUGUAUAUGUUACAUGUCAAAAUUAGAUUCAGGUUAAAAUUUUUGAACCUACCAGUAGGUUGAUUCUCAAUUUGCUUUGUUUCCUAUGCCUAAUUAUUCAUGAAUUAGGACUAGGAGACAAAGGAAAUUGAGAAUCAGCCUAGGUUAAAAAAUGUUAACCUGAAUUUAACUUUGACCUGUAACAUAUAUGUCAACAAAACCUUAGACAGCAAAACAGUCCAUAUUUCUGUUUAGUCAAGUAUGAACAAACAGUCAGACAAAAAAUCUGGUGUGAGGCUGAAAACAGUGAGCGAGACUGGGGAAAGACGUCAAUUACUGGACGCAGUGUUCACCACAAGAUUUGAAGGGAAAGGUAGACAAUGACAUGCUAUUUUCCCCUGAAAUCUGUCAUCAAGUCUAUUAAAUUCACAAAGAGGGUGGAGUUGUGAACAGAUUUUUGACAGCUCGACAACAUUUGGAGCCCCUUGUCAGAAUGAAGUUGUUGCGUGGAAAAACGGACAGUCAUUUUUUUUCUUUUGGGCAUGUGAGGCUUGCUCGCUUUGCACGUGUGAGAAGGUGAUGCUAUGCCAGUGCUUUGCACCUUGAAGAAAGAUUUUGUCUUGUUGAGAAAAAGUCUAAGAAAACCUGGAUUGAACAGAUCAGGUGACCCUUGUAAUCUCUAAGUGACAAACAGUUAGAGAUAUGAUGACCAUAAAAACAGAGCUGUGACAGAUAAGAAAAUUUUUUCUGGCAUAUUUGAAGGCUUAUGUGUAAAAGAGGCUCACCCAGCAAAACCUGCUAACAGGGUUUUCUCUAAGAUUUCAAGCUGCUGGGUAAAUACAAUAAGUAGGUGGGGAAUCAAACAGCCAGGGAUUUCUUUUGGUUCUAUUUUCUAAUUAAUAGUAGCCAGAGACCACACUCGUAGAAGAUGGGGGAAAUCACUGGCUUCCAGCCCUUAAUGACAUCCCUGCUGCUAACCUCUUUCAAGUUCUCUUCUUUUUAAAUCUUUUUUCCUCAGCUCACUUGUUUCCCUCAAGUGUCUGAAAAAAUGGCAAAUGAAGAAAAUGCCAGGGAGUGGCUUUACCUUUUUUUUUCUUUCUGUCAACCGGUCUAAAGAAAUAAUUAUUAUUAUUUCAGAUUCAAACAGUAAUGGCCAUCGUGCAGUCUGCUCCAUCAGAAGAAGACUGCAAUGAACUUGGGCUUGUUGCCUCAAAGUGCAGUGCUCAGGCAAACCCCUUUAAAAUCACUGGAUACAUUUCAAAACCAGAUCAUGGUAUGGGCCGCAGCAGUGCCGAUCGUCAGUUUUUAUAUGUUAACAAGCGACCCUGUGAGCUGAGCAAGGUGUCCCGUGUCAUUAAUGAGAUCUACCAUAUGUUUAACAGACACCAGUAUCCAUUUGUGAUGAUAGACAUAUCCUUGGCAAGAGGUUUGUUGUGGUUUGUUGCAGUCCUUCUUCUUAUGUCUCAGUUAUUACUUGUCCUCACAUUGCUCAAUAUAGAGAAUCAUAUUACUCUUAUGCAGUAUCCUACAAUCUAGGAUGCAUAUGGUGCAUGUUGCUUGCAGAAUAUGUCCCUACAUUUCAGACGAUUAUUCUAGACAGUAGCAGUUGAUUGCUGUCUUUGACAACAAAAUCAGUUGAGACACUUCACCUUAUGGGGCCUUUGUUUGUUUGUUUGUUUUUAAUUUAAGUAUGAAAAAAAUAAUAAAAGCUAUUAUAGGGCAUUUGUGACAUUUUGCCAAAUCCAGAAGGGGAAAAUGAAGCUUUCCCUCCCCCACCCCUCCAAGCAAUGUUGUACCAUUGUACGAGCUACCUGUAAGAAACAACAAGGGAAGAGGUGCAGAUUGUUUUGUUCCCAGUUUUUCUUGGUGUUGCAGAAUCUUUUGUAGGUUACGUUUCUGCUGUGGUGUUGGUAUUGUCAGUGUCCUUUCAAUCUUUUGUGUUACAACACAAUGUACAUUAUCGUGUGAUUCCACUAGUCUGCAACAUCGGGAAUCAAUCCCAUAUGAUAGUGUCUCAGCAGGAAGAAACCAGGGUUAUCAGUUCAACCUUCAAUGCGGCUCUUUCCCUGUUCCUGACUGGAUAGGUGCUACAUCUGAUUUAGAAACUUUUUAUACCGUUAAAGCCCUUGUAAGCAACUGCCUCAGGAAUCCAUAUAAAAGGUUCACAACUAGAGUCAAUCACUUACUAGAGUUUUCCCAAGGAGUCAGCAUCAAUAACGGGUAACAUGAAGAACAGCUCCCCGAAACAUAUGUCGUCCAUUUGUCGGUUGACUGUCGACUGGUAGGCGAACAACAGUUUGUCAGCUGACAGUUGAUGGUUUGUUGGCCACUUGUUGGCAGCUUGUGGGGCGAUUGUUGGCCAAUUGUCGUCUGUUGGCCAACUAUUGAUCGUCUGUCAGCUCACUGUUGGUCAACAGUCUACUGACAGACGGCCAACAGAUUUUUAGAGGACUGAGCUGUUCUUCAAUUUACCAAUAACGUUCACCAUGUUUCAACAAAAACUCUGAUAACAUUGGAAGUGUGAGGCAUGAAUGCCUAGUUGCUCCACUCUUGAUCCUACGACUUUCAUUUUCUUAUCAGAUGGUGUAGAUGUCAAUGUGACUCCAGACAAGAGACAGGUGUUUGUCCAAGAAGAGAAAGUCCUUCUAGCCACCAUAAAAUCGUCGCUGAGGAAGAUGUUCGAUGGUGGAACUGCAUCAUUUGAUGUCAAUCAGAAACCUCUGAUGCAAGUAAAACUGUCAGCCUCCACGUUCGUUUCUAGACCCCACAAUGGCGACUCCCAUGGAAAUGAAGACCUUCGAUACUCUCAGAUGAAGCAGGAUGAAAAGGUAUCGAAUCAACCUGCUUCAGUUGUACCAACAAGGACGCAUGUCGAGAAAGGGAAAUUUCCAUCGCUUAGCAGUUUCAAGAGGAAGUUUUCAUCGGUUGAGCAAGAUGUGGUUGAGAAACCAAAAGAGCCUAGCUGUAAGCAGGUGAAGCUUACCAGCGUAUUCACGCGGGAUAAACAAGCUUCGAGGCUGAAAAGCAAAGAGUCUGUGGAAACAGAUAGUGGGACUGUUAAUGCUGUCGCUAAGACUCAAAGAUCUGAAAAUAUUGGUGACAGCAAUGAACAGUUAGCAAGAAAAACCGACAUUGAAGUUGUUAAAGUUAAGGAUGAUAUCAUUUCUGUAAGUGAAUCUGAUGAUGACGAACUUAGUUCUCAGAAAGACGUCCAGCAAGAAAUAGAUUCAGAGCGUUUUGAUAAAACUAAUCAAACACUUUUAGGCCAGGCUAAAGAUAAUUUAAGUAACGCAUCUUGCAAAACAAUACUGGUUCUUCCUAAACUUGGCAACACUGAAAAACAAAGUCAGGUAUCAGAGAUGGUUAGAAACAGAAAGGAAACAACAGUGAGUUUCAGUAUGAAUAAACUUAAAAGCGUUGUUACGGCACCAACGAGACAGAAAACAGAUGAAGUAGAAGCUCGUUUGUUCAGAGCGAAGAUAGCACCAGAGAGCAAUUCCAGUGCUGAGAAAGAACUAACGAAAAAUAUUAGUAAAGAUAUGUUCAAGCGUAUGGAAAUUUUGGGUCAAUUUAAUCUGGGUUUUAUCAUCGCAAAACUGGACAGUGAUUUGUUCAUAAUCGACCAGCAUGCUUCAGAUGAGAAAUUUAACUUUGAGGAUCAACAGAGGAACACGACAAUUAAGUCCCAACGUCUUAUUGUUCCCCAGAAUCUUGAACUAACCGCUGCUAAUGAAGCUAUCCUCAUGGACAACGUGGAAAUAUUUCAGAAGAACGGAUUUGACUUUGAGAUUGAUCACAAUGCCGAGGCAAUGAAGAAGGUCAAGCUAGUUUCUCUGCCCAUGAGCAAGAACUGGACGUUUGGUGUUGAGGACAUCGAGGAGUUGAUUUUUAUGCUGAGUGAUUCUCCUGGCGUGAUGUGUAGACCUUCAAGGGUGAGGAAAAUGUUUGCAAGUCGUGCGUGUCGCAUGUCCAUCAUGGUUGGAACUGCACUUAACCAGGCUCAAAUGAAGAAGGUUGUUUGCCACAUGGGAGAGAUUGAACAUCCCUGGAACUGUCCUCACGGCAGACCCACCAUGAGGCAUCUAAUCAAUCUCAAUAUGCUGCCAGCCUCGCAGUUGGAUUGA